UUUCAUUUCACCAUAGCAUUCUUUCUUUCACAGCUCUUGCCUCUUGCUAUAGAUUUCAAAUAAUCAGAGUGUUACAGAGCAAACUGAAACAAUGACGAAUCCUUCAGUCUUGUCUAACAUCUGAGCUUGGCCUUUGCUCCCAAAAUAUUGCAAACAUGGCUCAUCAACAGGAUAUUGAGGGGUGGCCAUUGGGGUUAUUGCAACCACUGAAUAAUGCAAGAAGUGGUAACAAUUCAGGGUCAAUAUCAUUCAACACUUUACUCACUUCUUCUUCUACUACAGAUAAUAAUUCUUCAUCUGAUUUGGACACUGAGUCAACAGGGUCGUUUUACGUGGACAAUAGUACCACACUUGGGAGCCUUAUGGGUGUGUCCACAAUAUCAGAGCUUUCUAGAAGAGCACCUAAUAAUAAAACAGAACAAGGCUUGAACAAGAUCAAGAAGCAGAACAACAACAGGUUCAGUUUCAUGAUCUCACGGUUAUUGUGUCCAAGCUCAUCAUCAAGGACAAGAAAUACUAAGAAUAAUAAUAAUAACAAUUCAAAUAAUGAUGGUCCAUCUCUUGGUGAAUAUCUUGCCGUGGAAAGAACAAGUAAUAAGCCUAUUAUUUAUUAUGGACCUGAUGAUGAGGUUGCAUUGGCUGAAACCAUUCAUAUUGCAGAGCCAAAUUCAUUAUUUGUUAAUGGCACCAUUGCUCCACCUCCGACCAACAACAACAACAACAACAAGAAGAAGAAACGGUUUCGUACAUCACUUUUGGAGCUCUUUUCAUGCGUUUGUGGCCCAAGCUUGGCCUAACUCUUCACUCUACCAUGAACCAAUAUAUGCAGGUUUUUUUUUAUUUAAUUUUUUUACCCUAUAUAUAUGGGUGAUCAAAUCUUAAUUAAGCAUUAAAAUUCAAUUCAAUAACGAGAACUCUUA